AUGGAGAGACACAGGGGGAAACUGAGGGAAACAGAAAGACACAGGUGGAAAAGGAGGGAAACAGAGAGACACAGGGGGAAACGGAGAGACACAGGGGGAAAAGGAGGGAAAUGGAGAGACACAGGCGGAAAAGGAGGGAAGCAGACAGACACAGGUGGAAAAGGAGGGAAACGGAGAGACGAGGGGAAAAGGAAGGAAACGGAGAGACGCAGGGGGAAAAGGAAGGAAAUGGAGAGACGCAGGAUUAAAAGGAAGAAAACGGAAAGACGGGAAACGGAGACACAGGGGAAACGGAGAGACAGUGGGAAAGGGAAGGAAACGGAGAGACUCAGGGUGAAAAGGAAGGAAAUGGAAAGACAGGGGAAAACGGAGAGACACAGUGGGAAACGGAGGGAAACGGAGAGACUCAGGGGGAAAAGGAAGGAAAUGGAAAUACAGGGGAAACGGAGAGACACAGGGGAAAAGGAAGGAAACAGAAAGACACAGGUGGAAAAGGAGGAAAUGGAGAGACGAGGGGAAAAGGAAGGAAACGGUGUGAUGGGGAAAAGAAGGAAACAGAGAGACACAGGGGAAACGGAAGGAAACGGAAAGACAGGGGAAACGGAGAGACUCAGGGGAAAAGGAAGGAAAUGGAAAGACAGGGGAAAAGGAGGAAACGGAGAGACACAGGGGUAA